GUGAGCCGGAAGGGGAGGCAGAGCGCAGCCAUGAUGAUUGAACCUGGAUGGGAUGAGCGGCUGGACCCUCGGCGACCGGAAGAGUGAGGCCGGGAGGUAUGGGUUGGGCGGCGCCAUGUCAACCUGAUACCGGAAAAGGCGGGUCUCUUUUCCCUGACUGAUCGGCGCCUGAACUCGCCUGGAGAUGCAGGCAGCCCUGGAAGUCACAGCUCGAUACUGCAGCCGGGAGCUGGAACAGUAUGGCCAAUGUGUGGCAGCCAAGCCUGAGUCCUGGCAUCGGGAUUGUCACCACCUUAAGAUGAGCAUUGCUCGCUGCACAUCCUCCCACCCCAUCAUCCGCCAGAUCCGCCAGGCCUGUGCUGAGCCUUUUGAAGCCUUUGAGGAGUGUCUUCGCUUGAAUGAGGCAGCAGUUGGCAAUUGUGCGGAACACAUGCGCCGCUUCCUGCAGUGUGCUGAGCAGGUGCAGCCGCCAAGUUCACCCACAGCUGGAGAGGCACAGCCACUUCCUGCCUCCUGAAGAUUCCCUUGGACUUGGAGAAAACUAGACAUGAUUGACUAACCCACUUGGUGUCCUCAUCUAGAAGAGUGACCAUUUUGGAGUCUUGAGGGCUCUGGUGUGGGUCUGGCUUUCCUGGACUUUGGGACUCUAAAUAAAUAAAGACUGAGUUCUGGG